AUCCCGAUUUUUCUUAUUCAAUUGUAGAAAGGUGUUUCAUUCUUUACACAGAGCAAAUAAUGAAAUUAUAUUUAUAAAUAAAUGUAUUUAGGGCUUUAUCGUAAAAAAUUGGAGGCAGCUAUUCACAGAUGAUCGAAAUAUUAGAGCAAGUUUACAUUUAGUUCUUAAUUCUUAACUUCCGGUGAACAAAGCUAAGGAGCCUUCGCUGCCUUGCAGUUGCAAGAACAACGAAUUUGAAACAGAAAUGGGGAGAACUAAAACAAACAGUGGUGGUGGGGGAUCCAGUCAGAGUCCGCUGACGUCUGACAACUCCACGAGCACAGCCGCUGCAGAAACGCGCAUCAAAGACCUACUGAAGGAGCUGUACGAACUCAUUCAUCAGAUACAGGAUGAGAGAGCCCAAGGUGAACACAAUCUUACCAACAUCUCUAAGACCCACGAACGGAUGCAGCAGGAACAAAAAAGUAAGAACGAAAUAACACCAUACUACAAGAACAAACUAAAAGGAUUAUACAAGACAGCCAUGCAGGAUGCAGAGUUAGAGGCUGAACUACUGAGGAAAGCUCUUGAUAAGAUUACUGAAGUGAAAAGCAUAAGAGAAAACAGAAGGCUAGACUCGGACCGACCGAAGCCAAUCAUGAGGCGUGGAGUUCUGAUGUCUAUGCUGCAGCAGAAUGCCCAGACUCUGCCCCUGUGGGUCAGCAAGCCAGGAGAGAGACCCCCGCCUUUAUGCGGUGCUAUGCCGGCGGACAGUAACUACGUGGCAAAGCCUGGCGACAAGGUGGCAGCACGGGUCAAGUCCGACGAGGAGGAGAACUGGAUCCUGGCAGAAGUUGUCAACUUCAAUCAGAGCUCAAAUAAAUACGACGUUGAUGACAUUGACGCAGAUGAAGGCAAAGAGAGACAUACCCUCAGCAAGAGGCGAAUUGUUCCACUUCCCAUCUGGAAAGCAAAUCCGGAGACAGAUCCAGAUGCCCUGUUCAUGAAGGACACACUUGUUCUUGCCCUGUACCCACAAACCACUUGUUUUUACAGAGCCUUGAUCCACGAACCCCCCAAAAAGCCCCAGGAUGACUACUCGGUGCUGUUUGAGGACACCUCCUACCCCGACGGUUACUCCCCGCCCCUCCUGGUCGCCCAGAGGUACGUCAUCUGCUGCAAGGAGGACAAGAAGAAAUGAGGACAAUUCAGGACUUUUCCCAGACCUAUGUGUGUGAGGACAGGAAACAUCACAAAGGCUGUGAUUCUCAACAAGAGAGAGGUUGUUCCCAGAGAGAUGUGAUGUGCUUAAUUCAGAUAGGCAUCAUUUUCAUCUGUGUUUAAUACAACAAACACCACCUUCCAGGUUCAGUUAUUGUGGCUAAUUACCCAAA